ACUGUUUUUCCCGCGCGAUAGAACGCGGGCUCCAUUUUAGAUUACGCGAAGUUGCGUUCGGAAGUUAUGAACUGUGUUUAACAUUUGUUUUAUUUUGCUGAAACAUAUAUCGGAUCAAAUCACAAUGGGCACAUCAAGAACUUGUAUCGUCUUCAUCGCCCUCCAUCUGGUCUACAUGAUAUCAGCUCAAGAAAUCGCCAAAAGGGUCCCCCAAGGGUUUAUGGGUAUGCGAGGGAAGAAAUUCGAUUCAGAUUCCACAGAACAGUUGUUCUACAAAAGAAAACCUCAAUUUUUCGUCGGAGUUAAAGGCAAGAAAAAUAUUCUCGAUUUGGACAAUGAUAACUUUAAAAGAGCGCCCAUGGGUUUCGUCGGCAUGAGAGGAAAGAAGGAAUAUCUAUCUGACCUCUUCUAUCCAGACAAUAGCGAGUACGUGCCGAAAAGGGACGGAUCGUUAAUCGGACAGAUCGACUACACGUCUAACGAAGAAGCGGGGAAACCUGAAGAAUUUCCUAUUCUUAACGAAAUUAUAAAUGAAUAUUUACAGAAAUUGGAAAAUCCCUCAGAUACAGACGCAAAUGAUAUAAGUAAUGAGCGUAUAACGAAUGAAGUUGACAAAAGGGCUGCAAAUAUGCGGCAAUUUUACGGUGUUCGUGGGAAGAAAUCUGUUCAGAAUAAGCGACCUUAUGACUUGACGUUUAGGGGUAAAUUCAUAGGAGUCAGGGGCAAGAAAGACGUGAAAAACAGCGGGGCCCAGGAGAUCAGGUUUUUGUUGGGCGAGAACGGGCCCUGGCCUAAAAGGAAGGGCCAAAUGGGAUUCUUCGGUAUGCGUGGCAAAAAGUGGACCGACGAAUCGAGCAGUGAAAUGGAAACGCCCAACUGAGUGUCUUCACGAAAUUGAAAUUAUAAUGAUAUGUCUACCUUCUUCUAAAGAUCUGACAUACAUUUCCUGUAAUAAAUAAAUUCCUUGCCAUUUUACGCGUUAGAGGCUUAUUCUGGCGUUGUAAUUCUUAAGUGACCUAGUCAUUACUUGUUAAGAUACUUUUGUGAAUAAGGCGUGCAGUUACCAGUUUUGAAUAGAAGAGAUUACUCGUACAUCAUCGCUUGCUAGUUUGAAGACAAUGGGUAACUAUUACCAUGGCUUCUGGUUCAGUUGGAUGUAAUGAAACAAGAUACCCAACCAAGAAAAAAAAAUUAGGUUGUUUUUUUGCCGACAGCCAUGCAAGUGGAAGUCACACUCAUUUAUUCAAACAAAAGCAAAAGUAAUGAAGUCGUUAUUGAACUAGACUUGUGUGAUCAUGGGGUAUUUGAAUUCUGUAGCUAUAUGUCGUAUAAUUUUUUGCACAUAUUUAUUUGCGUUCAGAUAUAAUAGAAUUUUUAUAAACGUGUUUAAACUAUACGUUUAAACACGUUUAUAAAAAUUCUCUUAUAUAAAUUCACAAAAUAAUUCUUAAUGUUUUAAAUAAAUUAAUAAAAAAAAUUCGUUCUAACCUGAUACGGAUGAAAAUGGAGCUACUUAACAAAUUUUAAAGAAAGUCUCUCAUUUGUCUAAUGUAUUUUCUAUAACAACAGGUUGUUAUUGAAAGUCUUGUUUAAGAGGUUUUCUAUUACUUGACUGGAAAGAUCUAUAAAUUUUAUACCUGAAAGUUAACUGAAUGAGACGAAAUUUAAACUGCUGUAAAACUUUGGCGGGAAAGUUCGAUAAUGCAUUGGGUAAGUGCACGCCUUAGAAAGUUUAUUUAAAAUAAGUACCUAAUAGACGCAUGUAUAUCUAAUAUAAAAGAUUUUUCUAUUGUCUAUGUGUAUAAAGUUACUCACGUUUUUGUCGAAGCUAGUCAAGUACCUAUGUAGUUUAAUUCCUGUAAUCCCAUUGGAUUCGCGAAAACUUAUUAAUUAAUACAAGCAAGAAUUAUUAAUUGUAAAUUGUAGCGAAUAUUAAUCCCAAAUGAAACGUUAUUCACCUUCUGUAGCGGAGCCCAGGGUACGCCUAAGAUCAAGGUCCGUUUUAAAGAUUUAGAAAAGUUCAGUUUAUGAAUUCCCAUAAAUUUCGAUGCGGGAAUACAUUGCGAAUCCGCUGGGAAUACACGUUAUCUAAAUGUUAGAUAGAUUGGUGAGAAAAAUUUCAAUUAUAGCUAACUAUAUAAACGAAUAAUGUAAUAAAAGUUAUUUAUCAAAAUUUUCUAUGUUACCGAGAUUAUAACUGAAUAUAAUUAUCUGGCAUUAAGUGUUGGUAUUUACGUUAUUGUAGUUAUAGUAACCUGUAUUCUGAGUACAUUUUGUUAAGGCUGGACAAAAUGUGACACCAAAGAUUACGAAGCUAAUAAAUGCAGUUGCCAAUUA